UGAAAUACGGUUGACCCUUGACAGAGACGAAAUCAGCGGGCCCGGCCAGAAUACAAUACACCAUCGCCUGUUUUGCUCCGCUGGCUUUACGACGGAGGAGAAUACCUUGUACUUGCCGAUGACCUGUCACUUGCGACGGUUCCUGCUCCCAGAGAAACACACGGCUUCUUCUACCAUGUCUCCGUUGCCGUUUCGCAAGCCCAAAUGAGCAAGGACCUCGCAACUUCCCGAUGAAUUUCUGCGAAUUUUACGAAUCCUAUCGUCUUACGAUGCCCAUACGCCGCGGCGAACGUGACCAGGGCGAGCUGUGAAUCAUCGGGUCAGGCACUCAGGCUCCGGCCACAGCCAAGUCUCCAUCGCCGCGCCGGCCGUGCUCGCCGCCAUGGACUGCUGCUUCCGCGUGUACGGGCUGGCCAUCGCCAACACGGUGUGCUUCGGCGGCACGGCCUUCCUCGUCUUCGCGCUCGUCAAGCUCGCGCGGACGCCGCACAGCGCGGGCGGCAUCGCCGUCGUCUCCGUCUUCCUUGUCUUCUGGCUCGGCGUCAACGCCACCGUCUGCCCGGCCUUCUGCGGCUCGCUCUUCCCGUGGUCCGCGCUGGGGCGGUGCCUGGAGCCGCCGCUCGGCGCCGCCCUCUGGUUGCUCCACCUGCCGUCGAGGUGCGCGCGGCGGCGUCGCCGGAGGAGCGACGACGACGCCGGUGGCGCCGCCUUGCCGCAGCUCGCGGCGCAGGGCCGUCGUGCUUAUACCAUCAGCGUGCUUCCGCGGGAGCCGCCCGUGCGCGGCGGAGCGCCGGCGGGCGCCGCCGCCGCCAUCCCGGCGUACGAGCAGCCGGGCGACGGCGCGCGGCCCGACGGCGCGCCGGACUGCGUGGUUUGCCUCGGCAGAGUGGACAAGGGGGAGAUGGUGAAGCGGCUGCCGGUGUGCCUGCACACGUUCCAUCAGGAGUGCAUCGACCUGUGGCUUCGCGACCACUGCACGUGCCCCGUCUGCCGGUGCACCGUCUUCGCACCGCCGCUGGACCAAGUAGUAUGA